CGAUAUCGACAGCACUGUGCCACCACUCAAUACAUACACCUAUAAAACCAACGUCAGCGUCAACCACGGACAGUUUGAAUGCGCGGAAAGUUUUGCGAAGCGGACAGUUUCGUGGCCGUUGUUUGUCGUUCUCUCUGGAAAAGUGAACAACACAGAUAUUGAAAGCGUGCCGAAUGUUUUUUUAAUGGAACAAACUGUGUGUUUGUGUGUUCCGUGUGCGAGCAACUAAAGAAUGCAGCGCAGCCCGACACGGCAUGUGCAAAGCAAGCAGUGUGCGAGUGUGUGUGUGUACGCGCGUGUGUGUACAACGAAAAUAUUGAUUGAUCGCUCAAUCUUUGCCUCACCCCCCCUUUGUCAAUUCGAAUGUCUGCGAGAAUAAAAAAUCGGUUAAAUCAAAAGCGAUACACGGCUGAACCUAAAAAGAAGUGUCCAGCAUAAGAGCGAGAAAAAAAAUAUACGAAACAGAGAGCGGAAGGAAGCCAGUGAGAGAGAGAGAGCGAGCGAGAGAGAGAGCAGCGCAAAAGAACAGUUAGCGUUUCGCGCUUUUCCGAGAGGACAGCGAGCAAGAAGAAGAAGAAGAAGGAAUUCAUUCCACAGAGUCGUCGCCGAAGAAGAAGAAGAAGAAGAGUGUGUGGUUGUAGCGGGCUUUCCAGGACCAGAGUCCUCCACCCUCCCUACCGCCCCCCUCCCACACACACACUAUUUUCCAAAGGACAACACCAUGUCACUGCAAACAAAACGACAGCACUGCUACCUGUGCGACCUGCCCCGCAUGCCAUGGGCGAUGAUCAGCGACUUCUCGGAGGCGGUGUGCCGCGGUUGUGUCAACUAUGAGGGCGCCGAUCGCAUCGAGGCGGUGCUGGACGCCGCCCGCCAAAUGAAGCGUCUCCAUCCCGCCAGCAAGCGCGCCCACGAAAAUGGCGAAGUGGCCGUCGUUCUCCAACAACAAGCAGCAGCCGCCCAGCAACAGUUACAACAACAACAGCAGCAGCAGCAGGUACCGCCUGGCUCACACAGAGGCGGUCCACCACCGGGCGGUGCACCCGGACCAUCCGGCACCGGACCACUAUCACUGGGCGCUGUUGUGGCAGCCGCCUCCGCUGCCGCCCACCAUCACCAUCACCAGGCGGUGGCCGCCGGAGCCUAUCAGAUGCCCGUGCCACGUAUCGGACCACCGCUCGAUUAUCCUGUCAAGCUGGAGGAUGCACCCGGCGGCGGUGUACGACCCGUUCGCAUUUCACACAUGAAUCCCCUACAUUUGCGGGGCGGCGGAGUUGCCGGCGGCGGUGGUGGCGGUGGCGGUGGGGGCUCGGGUGGCGGCGGAGCAGGAGCCGGAGGAGGAGCAUCGGGAACCGCCUUACCACCCGCACUAUCGGUUAACCUCAAGAGGCCGCCGUCGGACGACGUGGACGUGGAUGUGGCCCAACAGAAUGCACAUGGCAUACCGCCGGAUAAUGCGGCGCCACUGUCGGCUGGAGUUGGAGGAGUUGGCGGCAAUGGUCCGUCCGGCGUUAAGAGGAGCGCCAUGGAUGAUCCCGCCGGUGGUGGCGGGGUGCGACCGCCACUAACACGCGGCGAAUCUCUGCCAGCAGCGGUCAGCUAUGUCCCGGAACGUCAGCUCGGCGGAUUAAGGGAUAAGCAGCAGCCGGUCCGGGCGCCCAGCUUCGACGCCUCGACCUUCAAAGCAGAACACAUGUCCCCGGCCAGCCGACGCAAUGGAUCGAGCCCGCCCUCGGGGCCCAUGCCCCCGCGCAGCGUACACUCGCCGAACAGUUCGGGAUCCUCAUCGGGUCGCCGUUCUUCGGGAUCACGUCAUGUGUCCAGCACUACGGUAACUAGCUCCGAGGUGGGCGGCUCCAAUCCCAGCCAGGCGGUGGUGGCCGGCGGCCUUGGCGGCGCCGGUGGAGCUGGUGCCGGCGGUUCACUGGGCGGACCGGGUGGCGCCGGCAGCGGACAGCUGAGCAGUUGCACCAGCGGCGGACCCAGUGGCGGUGCGAGCGGCGGCAGUGGCGGCAACGGAGCACCCGGUGGUGCGUCCAUGGGCCCCAAUUCGGUGGCUGGGGACGGCAGUCCGGCCAGCGGCGGCAGCGGCCCGUCCGGCAGCAAUGGCAGCGGAGGAUCGGUUAAUCCCGGACCAGGCAGUAGUGGCAGCCAGGGAGGCGGCGGCAGCGGCGGCGGAGGAACUCCACUGACCACACCGGGUGGCGGAUCGGCGGGCGGGGGCGGCCUGAGCGGAGGCCCGGGUAGCAGUGCCGCCUCGAAUUCGGCAGCCGCAGCGGCGGCAGCAGCAGCCGCCCAGAACGCCACGCUGAAGUGCACCCUCUGCCAGGAGCGACUGGAGGAUACACAUUUUGUGCAGUGCCCGUCGGUGAAUCACCACAAGUUCUGCUUCCCCUGCAGCCGCGAGAGCAUCAAGCGACAGAAUGGCUUGGGCAACGAGGUGUACUGCCCCAGCGGAGAUCGAUGUCCAUUGGCCAAUUCGACGAUACCGUGGGCCUUCAUGCAGGGCGAGAUCACCACCAUCCUGGGCGAGGAGGUCAAGGUGAAGAAGGAGCGGGAGUCUUAAUGUCCGUUUUACUGUAAGAAGCUGCGCAGAGCUUUGGAGAAUUUUUGAGAAGAGAACCGGGUUCGUCGCAUCCGAAGGCGAGUCCUGGCUUGGAACACACACACAUAUAGUCCCUAGGAAUAUAUCCUCCUAAUCGUAGGGGAUGGGACUAAAUUUUAUUUAUUUUUUUUUUUGUAAUUUUUUAUUUUAAUUUUUUGUGUUUUAUUUUUUUUUUUUUACCAAGGCGGUGACAUCAGAAAUAAAUUAUUUCUGAACUUGUCCAUGACGACCGACCGAACCAAGUAACAAGAAACAAAAACAACAUCAAUUUUGUAGACGUUUAAGAAGAAAGUGUAGAGAGAAGAGUAGGGGGAGAAGAUUUCAAGAAAGAAGAAAGCAACAAGCUGAUGAAGAAUAGGAUAAAAUACAAGACCAGCAUGAAAGUCCGCAAAAGGUGAAACAGAAAAUAAACAAAAAACUAAAAAUAAAAACAAAAAAACACCAACAAUGUUGAAAAAUUUGAAACAUUUUUUGUAGCAUACUUGUAGGCGGCGUUGGGAAGAAAUUGUCCAAAAGAAACACCAACAAAAAAAAAAAAUGAAAAACUUAAGAAAAAGCAAAAAAUCAUGCAUACGUAGCCAAGUGAGAAAAAACUUUAAAUAUUUCUUAAUUAAACAAAAAAAAAAUACAAAUCUUAAUUGUAGCGGAAAAAACACAAAGUAAAUGAGAAAAAUAAGAAAAUACACUUGCUGGCAUUAGAAGUAAAGUCCUUUUUUUUUUUUGAAAUACGAGUAUACUUUAAUGCAAAAAAAAGUAACAGAAAAAAAAGGAAAUAAGAAAGAAAAACCUAUAUACUAUACUAUAACUAUUAAUUCUGUUAUUUAGGAGAGCGAUUUAAAUCAUAAGUUACACUUAGUUCGUACUAAUUAAUUAAUUUAUUUCUAUACAUGUUGCCUAAUUUACAAAAGAAAACUACACUACACUAUAUCCCUCAAAAAUCUAUAUCGUAAAGCUAAAAAAAAGUACUUUUUUUUUUGAUUAUUUUUUAUUUUCAUAAGAUUACAUUUUUUGUAUUUAAAAAAAGAGAAAAGAAAAGAAAAGUAAUUUAAAGAAAAACACGGAAAAGAAAGAGAGAAAAACAGUUAAUAUGCUAAAGAUCUGUAAAUACGUAUGCAUACCACAUAAUCGGAAUAUAAAAUAUAUACAAAUAUUUAAUAAUAUA